CAAAGGUCGCAGGUGGAAAACAAGGCCGCCUCCUGGAAAAGGCCAAAGGGCGCCAGGCGAGGGCCGGCCCAAGAGGAGGAGGAGGAGGAGGAGGAGGAACCUCCCUCCUUCCCGCCUUCCCUGCCUGCAUAUCUUGGCCCGGCGCUUCCACGGGAAAGGCUGCGGAAGGAGUUUCCCACAGCGAUGGCGUCCUGGCGAGACUGCAAGGCCUGGCAGGAUGCUGGACUACCCCUUUCGACCACAAGUAAUGAGGCUUGUAAAAUGUAUGAUGCCACACUGACUCAGUAUACGACUUGGAAAAAUGAUACAAGUCUAGGAGGCAUUGAAGGAUCUCUGUCAAAAUUGCAAGCUGCCGACCCUAAUUUUUCAAUGGGUCAUGUGAUUUCCAAUGGCUUGGUUCUGAUUGGUACUGGGAGUUCAGUGCGGCUAGAUCAGGAACUCGAUAAGUCAAUAAAGAAAAUGGUGGCACUCGCACAAUCUCAGCGAUUGACGGAGCGAGAAAAAUUGCACGUGUCUGCAGUGGAGCUGUUUGCUAAUGGGCAGCUGCCUAAAGCUUGUGAUACAUGGGAUCAGAUUCUGCAGAACCACCCAACUGACAUGUUAGCCAUAAAAUUUGCUCACGAUACCUAUUUUUACUUGGGAAGCCAGAUACCAAUGAGAGACUCCAUUGCCCGGGUCUAUCCUCAUUGGUCACCAGACAUUCCUCUUAGUAGCUACAUAAAAGGCAUGUAUUCGUUUGGAUUGAUGGAAACCAAUUUCCUUGAUCGUGCUGAGAAGCUUGCCUUUGAGGCUUUAGCAAUCAAUCAGAGAGAUGCAUGGUCUGUACAUACCAUCGCUCAUGUGAAUGAAAUGAAAGCAGAUCUGAAAAGUGGUCUGGCCUUUAUGAAGCAAACAGAAAACAAUUGGAAAGACAGUGACAUUCUUGCUUGCCAUAACUACUGGCACUGGGCUUUAUAUUUUAUUGAAACGGGUGAUUAUGAGGCAGCUUUGACCAUUUAUGACACUUGGAUUGCUCCUAGGUGUCGGUCAAGUGGGACCAUGCUUGAUGUUGUUGACAAUUGCUCCUUGCUGUAUCGGUUUCAGUUAGAAGGUGUAAAUGUUGGGGACAGGUGGAAAGAAGUAAACCAGCUGACAAAGAAGCAUGCCAAAGACCACAUCCUGAUUUUCAAUGAUGCUCAUUUCAUGAUGUCAUCUUUAGGAGCCAAGGAUCACCAGACUACUCGUGAACUUUUAACAUCUCUUCAAGAGCUGGCCCAGGCGCCGGAUGAAGAUCAUGAGCUAAACUUGGCUCCACAGCUGGGUCUUCCUCUUUUGCAAGCAUUUGUAGAAUUUGAGAAUGGCAAUUAUGAUAAGGCAGUGGAAUUGCUGUAUCCCAUUCGCUACAGAAUUGUUGAAAUAGGAGGGAGCAACGCCCAAAGAGAUGUUUUUGCACAACUGCUAAUUCAUGCUGCUUUGAAGUGUAAAUCUAAAGCUAACCAAAAACUUGCUAGGUGCCUCCUUAUUGAACGUGAUGAACUGAGACCAAAUUCACCAUUAACUGAGCGACUGAUGCGGAAAACCACUGCUCUUCAUGCCCUGGGAUGAACCUUGUCGUCUUGAUCAAUAUAUUUCUAAUUGACAUCUAUUAUGGCAAUUAGUAAUUCACACUGUGGAGACACUUUUUACCCAAAUCCAAAACAGCCAAGAUUUUCAGAACUCUACAGUUCCAAGAUUUAUUAAUAUUUGUAUCCCACUUGGCUUUUGUGAAUGACUAGGGAGCAAGUGGGGGCUGGGAAUGAGCAGUGUGAUUAACUUUAAAAAUGACUAGAAAUCUUGAUUAUUCCAAGGAGUCACAGUGAUUACUUGAUGAUGGGACAAUGGAGUCAUGGAAGUUUAUGCUGGAUAAAACAUAUAGACCCAAUCCUUUUGGGAAUCUAAAAUAUAAAUUGUUUUGUCAAUCUAUGUUGCAAUUGAUGGUUUGGGUACUGGUAACAGAGAGAUUUGCCUUACAUUCCAAGGGAAGACUAUGGGCUCCUCUAACCCAGCAGUGGCUCUACAGGUUUUCAGAUUGAAUUCUACCUGAAGAUGACUGUUAUUUCUUAGUAGUCUCCCAUCCUAUUAUUCACUUGUUUCGUUUCUGAAAUCAACCAAGAUUGGGUGUGGACAGGGUGGUGCUAUGGUAUAUGGAUCUCGUAAAAUUUUGACUGGCAUUUAAAAUAAAGUAAACCAAAUAAUUUUUACACA